GCGGCAAAUCUGCUGCUUCUCUCCGUUUGCGCCACCGCCACCUGCAAAAAGGAAUUCUAUCUCUCUCUAACUUGGAAAAGUAUUGCAAUGAAGGAGAGAGAAGAGGAGAAUUUCGUGACGCCUGGUGAUAUACUUGGAAAAGCUCUGGAGCUGAAACCUGGCUACGGCGCUUACUUCUCCUCCCACGAUAAAACCAUAUACGCCUCGCUCACUGGAUUCCGCUCUAUCACUCCUGCCCCAAUCGACUCCGACGACCAGAGAGCGACGGUGGAGGUGAAGGGGCACAAGUCGCACGGUCCGGUGCCGGAGCCCGGUGUUGUUGUUACUGCAAGAGUUACAAAAGUGAUGGCUAAAAUGGCUUCUGCAGAUAUUGUUUGUGUAGGUCCCAAGUCCGUUAAAGAAAAGUUUACAGGCAUCAUUAGGCAGCAAGAUGUCAGGGCAACAGAGAUUGACAAAGUAGAAAUGCACUCCUCUUUCCGUCCUGGCGACAUAGUUAAAGCCUUAGUUCUGUCUCUUGGUGAUGCUCGAGCUUAUUAUUUGUCAACUGCAAAGAAUGAACUCGGUGUUGUUUCAGCCGAAAGCGCUACUGGUGCAACGAUGGUUCCUAUAAGCUGGACUGAGAUGCAGUGCCCUCUAACAGGCCAAACUGAGCAGAGAAAAGUAGCAAAGAUCGACGCCGUCAAAAAAAAACUGCAACACCUUUUCUCGUUUGGAAACCAAAAAAUGGCUACUACUUCACUCUCAGCUCUCAAUCUUCUUCCUCCCUCCAAAUUCUCUUCCUCUCGUUCCCACUCCUUUCCCCAAACUCCCCUCCAUAUCCCCUCCUCCCCGAAUCAGAGACCCCUAAAGUCGAAAUCGCUUAGAACAAUAUCAUUUGCUCUCGCAGAAUCAUCGGAUUCUUCCAAAUCCAUUGAACGUCUCCAAGAGCUCGCGGAUUGUUUUGUUCUUCCCGCGGACUAUUUUAAGCAGUUGCCGAAUGAUCUCCGUCUGGAUCUGAAUGAUGCGGCCUUUGAUCUCUCAAACGGUACUGUCAAAGAUGAGUGUGGAGAAGAGGCUGGAGAGACUUUGUUAAAUAUAAGUCGAGCGUGGGAAAAUGCAGAGACAUCAGUUUCAGCAGCUUUGGUGAGCAAGCUCCCCCAACUCGUGGGCUCUCUGACCAGUAAUAACAAGUCAGCACUUGGCAAGCGCCUGGUUUCAGCUUCUAGAAGGUUCCAGGCGAUGGGCCAGUAUGGUCAAGAUGAACUGCAAAUGAUUGCCAAAGUCAUGAACAGAGCAGGAAAGGCAUUGUCCCAAAUUCCAGUUUCCAAGGUAGCUGAUGAAGAACCAAAACAGGAAACUAGGGUUCUAAAGUUUGGGGAGCUCCAGGUCGAAUUGACUCCAGAAAAGGCGUAUACUGGUGCUGUCAUUGCCUUCUUCUUCGGGAUUCUCACUUGGCAAGUGGGUCAAGGCAUCCAACGCAUACCAGAGAGCUCGUUGGAGUAUGCAAAUGACAACGCGCUGCUCCUUGCUAAGUCACUGCGAUUGACACUGUUGUCGAUCUUCUACUCAUCAACGUUCUUAUCUGCGUUCGCAUCUGUCGGGCUAGUCCUACUUGCAGGACAAUUGAACUGCUCAGCAGCCGACCUCCUCCCCCUCCUCGGCGGCUCAGCGGCCAACGCCACCGCUGCGGCCGCCUUCCUCUGCACCCGCUUCAACGAGGUCUCCACCCGUCUCGACGGGGCCAAGUUCGCCAUCGACAACACAUACCUCCUCUUCUCGGCCUACUUGGUCUUCGCCAUGCAGCUCGGCUUCGCCAUGCUCUGCGCCGGCUCGGUCCGCGCCAAGAACACCAUGAACAUCAUGCUCACGAACGUUCUAGAUGCCGCGGCCGGCGGCCUCAGCUACUACCUCUUCGGCUAUGCCUUCGCCUUCGGUGGGCCCUCGAACGGCUUCAUCGGAAAACACUUCUUCGGCCUCAGAGAUUUCCCCUCUCCCGCCGGGGAUUAUAGCUUCUUCUUGUAUCAAUGGGCUUUCGCCAUUGCUGCUGCAGGCAUUACUAGCGGCUCGAUUGCAGAAAGAACUCAAUUUGUGGCAUAUUUGAUAUACUCCUCAUUCCUCACUGGGUUCGUGUAUCCGGUGGUCUCACAUUGGGUCUGGUCGGGCGACGGUUGGGCUGGCGCAGCUAAGGCCGACGGGAACUUUCUCUUCGGCUCGGGAGCCAUCGACUUUGCUGGCUCGGGUGUCGUCCACAUGGUCGGUGGCAUUGCUGGUUUAUGGGGAGCGCUCAUCGAGGGACCGAGGAUCGGCCGGUUUGACCACAGUGGCCGGUCUGUCGCCCUGCGUGGCCACAGUGCAUCGCUAGUGGUGCUAGGCACCUUCCUUCUAUGGUUUGGGUGGUACGGUUUCAACCCCGGUUCGUUUCUGGCGAUAGCGAAGUCAUACGACACUAGAGGGGCCUACUACGGCCAGUGGAGCGCGGUGGGGAGAACAGCUGUCACGACUACAUUAGCAGGAAGCACGGCUGCCCUAACCACCCUGUUCGGGAAGAGGCUCUUGGUUGGGCAUUGGAAUGUGAUUGAUGUGUGCAAUGGGUUGUUGGGAGGGUUUGCCGCAAUCACCUCAGGCUGCUCUGUGGUUGAGCCGUGGGCUGCAAUUAUAUGCGGGUUCGUGGCAUCUUGGGUGCUGAUAGGGUUCAACAAGCUGGCCGAGAAGGUAAAGUAUGAUGACCCAUUAGAGGCGGCACAGCUGCAUGGUGGCUGUGGCGCGUGGGGAUUGCUAUUCACUGGGCUAUUCGCCAAGAAAGCUUUUGUAAACGAGGUUUACCCAGGGAAACCAGAUAGGCCGCACGGGCUGCUCAUGGGCGGUGGCGGGAGGCUCUUGGGCGCCCAGAUCGUCCAAAUUCUGGUGAUUAUCGGGUGGGUCACGGUGACAAUGGCACCACUGUUCUGGGUGCUCCACAAGCUGAGGUUGCUGAGGAUUUCGUCCGACGAUGAAAUGGCCGGAAUGGAUGUCACCAGGCAUGGUGGCUUAGCCUACAUCUACCAUGACCAGGAAGACGAAAAUACUCUGCCACACUUCAAGAUGACAAGGAUCGAACCGGGGGAAACUCCGAUAGGGGAGCGUCGACAGCAGGGUGUGUAGGUCCGGUCCAGGCAUGCUCAAGAAUUCAGCAUCUACCACAACAGGAACCAAUGUGUAUCAAAACGCAUUAGGAUGUCAAACAAGUCAACAGGAACCAAUGGUAACAGUAUUUUUCAGUAGGAUAUGCCUAUAAUUUGAUGUUUUUGCUGUGUUUUGAUUCCAUCUAGAUAAGCUUCAUUGUGUAACAGAGUCCUAUGUCAAGACAAUGAAUGUUUCACAUUCUAUAAGAUGGUAUAUAUUCAACCUCA